CUCUUACUAUACGUGUGGCUUUCCUCUAUUUUUUCCGAAGCAGUGAAACCACUUUCCCUCUCUCUUUCUCGCUUACGCACGCUCCCACAGUAUGUUUCACUCUACAAAACUCAAAACAAACAAAACAAAGUAUGUUUUCUUUAGCUUAGGCUUAGGCUUACAACAUUUGAAUAUAAAGAGAAAAAAGAAAAGAUUGUAGCAAAAUACGAACAUUUAUACGCCACUUAAUACAGAGAGAUGGGACCAUUGUCCUGUGCUUGAAUUCGAGCUUUUUCGUGGACGACACGAUCCUAGUCUGCCGCUCUCUCACUCUUUCUCUUUCUCUCUUGAAACCCUUAUCUUUUUCUCUUUUUGUAGCUUCUCUUCUCUUCUCUACCUUUUCUUUCUUUCUAUUGUUUCUGUCAUAAAAUCGACAUGGAAAUGGAGGAUCAUCACCACCAUCAAUACGGCAUGCCUGAUCCUAGGCAACUAAUGAACGGAAGGCCAACCCAUUUUCAAGCAAUUUCCCAGGGUCCCGAGUUAUUCUCCUCCGGGCACCGGAAUCUGCCGCCACUGCAACCCCACCAACCCAACCGCCAUCACCACUUUGAUAUGAUGCAAAUGGUGGGUAGACAAGUUGGUCAUGAGUUUAUGCCUCAUGGGCUUCAUCACGAGUUUCCUUCUGAUUCUACUGAUAAUAAUGCUACUCCCACGGCUGCUGUUGCCACUGUCACUAGUGCUUCUACUCCAAGUGCAAGUUGUGGGUUCGAUGGUGAAGCAACUGCUUUUGGCGGCGAUGGAGGAACUGGAAGAUGGCCUAGACAAGAGACUUUAACACUUCUUGAGAUCAGAUCUCGUCUUGAUCCCAAGUUCAAAGAAGCUAAUCAAAAAGGUCCUUUGUGGGAUGAAGUUUCCAGGAUCAUGAAUGAGGAACAUGGGUACCAAAGGAAUGGAAAAAAAUGCAGAGAGAAAUUUGAAAACUUGUAUAAGUAUUACAAAAAGACUAAGGAAGGGAAGGCCGGAAGACAAGAUGGUAAGCACUAUAGAUUCUUUCGUCAGCUUGAAGCUCUAUAUGGAGAGACCAGCAAUUCAGUUUCAGGCCAAGAAACUCACCUAGUUGGGAACAAUUUUCGGUUUCAUGGCAAUCCCAACAGCAAUGCUCAAUCAAAUCAAGAAGUCUAUCACGCUCAAAAACUUUGUGAUAGUCUUAGCCUUUCUAAUUCCUCCGAAUUCGACACUUCUUCAGAUGACAAUGAUUUAAGCACUGCAGCGGCAGUGGAAAAUGAUUCAUCAGAGAAGCGGAAAAAAAAAAGGGGUAGUAGUAGGAGCUGGAAGGCAAAGAUAAAAGAGUUUAUCGACUCACAAAUGAGGAAGUUAGUGGAGAGGCAAGAGGCAUGGCUUGAGAAAUUAACAAAGACACUUGAGCAAAAGGAGCAAGAGAGGAUUUUAAGGGAGGAAGAAUGGAGAAAAGAGGAAGCAGCCAGGAUAGAUAGAGAGCACAAGUUUUGGGCUAAGGAGAGAGCUUGGAUUGAAGCUCGUGAUGCUGCUUUAAUGGAGUCCUUGCAGAACCUCAAAGGAAAAAAAUUUAAGGCUGCAUCAUCUGAGGAACUAAUGGCAACUGAAAUGCAAAACCACAGUGAAAACCAGAAUGAGAAUGGAAGUGAAACAAUAAACAACAAUGUAAAGGCAGAUGGGUGGCAAGAAUCCGAAAUUUCUAAGCUCAUACAGCUGAGAACAAGCAUGGAAUCGAGGUUCCAACAAAGAGGGUGUUCAGAAGAGAUUCUGUGGGAGGAAAUAGCUGCUAAGAUGGUUUGUUUAGGCUUUGACAGGAGUGCUUUAAAGUGCAAAGACAAAUGGGAUAGCAUUAGCGCUUACCUAAUAACCAAAACCAGGGAGAGUAACAAAAAACGCAAGGACAACUCAAGAGGCUGUGGUUAUUACCAGAACAAUGAUCAGUCCCUCUACAGUCAACGAAGAGCUUACUGUGAAAUUAAUGAUCAGCAAGGACCUGAGACAGUGAGACUCCAAACAAAUGACAGCUCUUCCCCUUCUAACUCUAAUGCUGGCAAUGCUGUAAAUGAUAGUUGCUUUCGCUUCUUGAUGGCUGAUGGAGAGAACUUGUGGGAGAACUAUGGUGUGAAGCUCAGCAAAGGAGAAAACCAGUAAGAUUAAGAACAACAUAUAUGACAGAUUUCCCAAUUGUUCUAUAAUUCCACAUGAGAUAUAUGCAAUUGGGUACUGGCAAUGAGGGGAAUUGCUGGCUCUCAUUAUUGACAAAUGUACACUCUCUUUUAAGAGGGGAUUUACAAUGUACAAGCAAGGAGCUGACCGAUGAGAAUUUAUGUGUAGCAAAUUGUGUUUUAUGUGGAUCUUAGCCAUUGCACAUUUAAGAUUAAUAGCAAUAAUAAUGGGUUUAAAUAUCUUGCUGCAAAA